AAGUCAUGCAAUUUUUGUAUAUGUAUAACAAUUUCUCGUACAACUUAUAAUUUACAAGUUUUUGGAGGUAUGCAAAUUAUCCUACCCUGUAUAUGGCACAUACACUCAAUAUACAUAUUAUAAACCCCAUUAGAUACACAUUGCAUACUUACAUUCCAUUAUCAGUAAUUCGAAGCAUGCUUAGAAUGAACGAGUAGCAGUAUACAAUAAACAUCAGAAAGCGGCUUUAGAGAUUGUGUCUAUUUCCUGCAUUUGGUCGAUUGUGGCAAAAGAAUAGCGCUUCAGGAACGAAAUCUUAAUAGCAGCAAAAUGGUUUUUAAGUAGAUAUGGACAACCACAUCGCAGAUUUGGCGCACAUCCCGUGCAUGCGAAGGCAAUCAGGAAUACAAAGACUUCAGGGACGCAGAGAACAUAAUGCCCCUUGCUACCAGCGACUUUCGUAACCCAGUGUGUCAAGAAAUGAGGUCCCUUAGGUUCAGUAGCAGCAGUGGUAAUGGUGGAGGUGAAAACGGCGCCGAACAUUUAGGUUCAUCACUCGUGGAAUCGAAGAUAUCUCCUAUUCAGCCAUCAGAAAUGUUAAGCUUUGCUAGAAUGUACAAUGAGCAAGGGUACAAUUAUACAAAGACGUAUAACGAACAAGGAAGCAUCGAUAGUUCGGAUACAUACGCGAGCUGUCAAACACAUCCAUCAUAUUCACAGGUGAGAAUCGAUGUCGCAUAGUUAAUAAUAGAUUAA